AUGGAACUUCACCAUCAGCGCAAAAAAGUGGUUCGCAUUUCAACCGGCAGCAAGCAAUUCGACUCUAUCCUCAAUGGAGGCUUCCAAAGCAUGAGCAUCAGUGAAGUCUUCGGCGAAUUUCGCUGUGGCAAAACUCAACUCUCCCACACAAUGGCUGUCGUCGCUCAACUUCCCAAAUCCCUGGGAGGCGCGGACGGAAAAGUAGCCUACAUCGACACAGAAGGAACCUUUCGCCCUGAACGAAUCGCCCAAAUCGCCGAACGCUACGGCGUGGAUCCUGACACCGCGCAGGAGAAUAUUGCAUAUGCUCGAGCUCUGAACAGCGAGCACCAACUUGAAUUGCUCAAUUUACUCAGUCGCGAGUUUGCCGCUGGUGAUUAUCGACUACUGGUGAUCGACAGUAUUAUGAACUGUUUCCGGGUUGAUUAUUGUGGACGUGGCGAACUUGCCGAGAGACAGCAGAAGCUCAAUCAGUUUUUGAUGAAGCUGGCGCAUAUGGCUGAAGGUGAAACAUUUCUUGCUGCUUUGAGAAGGAAUCUUUGA